AUGGAGGAGGUUGUAGCUGCCACGUGCAUGCGAGUGGAGGGAGAGAUGGAAGUGAUUAUGGCGGAGGCUCUAGCAGUGAGACAUGGGUUGAUGAAAGCAAUGAAAGUGGGGUUUACUAGCUUGGUGAUCGAAAUGGACAACCUUUCGGUUUAUUCCAAGCUGAUGAAAAGAAGGCAGGAGACUUCGACUCUUGGGAGUAUAUUACAUGAUAUCCAUGUCUUAGCUAGCCAAUAUCUUUGUGUUUCUUUUUCUUUUGUUAAGCGAGAAGGAAAUGGGGUGGCCCAUGUUUUAGCCAAAUUGAGUUGUAACUUUGAAGGCCUACGGGUAUGGCUGGAGGAGUAUCCUCCUGAGGCCCAAGCUGCUGUAAUGGCAGAUUUUUCUGCUAGUUCUGAUUAA